AUGGCUAGCCCUCCAGUUCUCUUGUUUGAUGCUGAGGGCCGCCCGAUUAAGUUUGAGACCUGGCUCGAUGAUCUGCACCUGUUCCUCCAGCUCACUGCCAGAGAGGAUAUCUCGCUGUACGAUCACGCACUAGGCACAGUCCCUACUCCUGCUACUACUGCUACUGCUACUGCUCGCUCACAGUGGCAGACUCGCGAUGCCCACGCCCGCUUUGCUAUUCGCAACUCCCUGCCAGUCGACGAGCGCGAGCACUUUGGCCAGCAUCAGACUGCGCAGGCCCUGUACACUGCUGUAGUUGCGCGCUACUCCUCCCCGGCCUCAGCUGCACUAGGCCGCCUCUCGCUUCCCUACCUGUUCCCGGACCUGUCCGCCUUCCAGACAGUCGCUGACCUCAUCACUCACCUCCGCACUAGUGAUGCCCGCUUCCGUGCAGCCAUGCCCGCUGAGUUUCUUGCCUCCAACCCUCCGCCGCUCUGGCUCACUCUCUACCACCUAGUCACUCGCCUCCCUGACACUCUGCGUACAGUCAGGGACCACUUUCUAGCUCGCUGCCCCACUGAGCUCACCAUUGCCGCCCUAGAGAAGGAAUUACUUGCAGCUGAGAAGAGUAUUGUAGCUGUAGGUGCCUCUCGUGGCGACCCCCGCACCCCGUUCUUCGAGGGGUGUUCCCCUUCCCCCCUGCUCCCCUCUGUCGCCUCUGCUGCUGCUGUCGACCUCCUUGGUGCUGAGCAGGUCGGGUCCGCGUCCGCUCCUAGCGGGCGCCGCAGCGGCAAGGGCAGGGGAGGCAAGGGCGGCGGGGGUGACGGCGGGGGAGGCGGUGGUGGGGGUGGUGGCGGCGGUGGAGGCGGUGGCGGGGCUGGAGGGGCUAGUGGCAGCGGUAGGAGUGGUGGAGGCAGCGGCGGCGGCGGCGGUGGCCGGGGUGGGGGCGGUGGUGGGGGCGGCAGUGGACGUGGCGGCGGCAGGGGCGGUAGUGGUCGUGGUGGCGGCGGCAGUGGUGGUCGUGGAGGCUCUGGCACUGGCCAGAACACGCAGCACCCUCAGUCCUCCCAGGAGCUUCGUGAGUGGUACUUACAGCACGGGGGUGGGGGGGGGGGGUGGGCUGAUCUCCUCAAGAAGGAUAUCGAUAUCUAUGAUCUUGAUUUUGAUGUUAUUCUCAAAGCCAUGUAUACAUUGACUAUUAGUGGAGAGGAGGACCAGUACCUGUGUGUUCCGCCUGACCCAGGCAUCCGCACGAGUGAGGCUGCCGCCCUAGGUGCUUGCGUGUCUGCUGCCCCAGGUGCUGGUGAGGCUACUGCUCUAGGUGCUUGUGUGUCCGCCACCCCAGGUGCUACUGAGUCCAUUGAGGCACUGCACACCUUCACUCUAGACUCAGGCGCUUCGCGCUGUUUCUUUCGUGACCGCACUGCUCUUGAGCCCCUUGCUCGACCAGUCGCUGUCUCGCUCGCUGACCCCUCUGGGGGUCCGGUCAUUGCGACCUCCUCCACUGUCCUUCCUUGUCCUGCUAUCCCGUCGGGCACAAUGUCAGGUAUCCACCUCCCCUCGUUCUCUACGAACUUGGUUGCGGGUUGUGCGCUUCAGGAUGGGGGUGUUCACCAGUUCACCCCUGCCUACGAGCGCAUGACACACUGCACGUGUGCUCGGACGGGCCGUCACCUGGCUACCUUCACUCGGCAGCCGGGGUCGGACCUGUACACACUGACCACUGAGUCCCCUCAGGUAGCGGCGUCUGCGUCUGCGUCAGGUCAGCUGUCAGCCCCCUGCUCGUGUCGCUCUCUGGCGCACAAGACAGUCCUCUGGCACCAUCGACUUGGUCACCCGUCAGUGCAGCGCCUUCGGGGCAUGCACGCCCGGUACCUUGUCUCUGGUCUUCCUAGGGUACUCCCUCCCCUCCCACCCUCCCUUGCUCCUCCUUGUCUUCCCUGUGUCGAGGGGCGGCAGCGCGCUGCCCCUCACUCCUCCUCGUUCCCCCCGACGACUGCUCCUUUGCAGACGCUCCACAUGGACGUGUGGGGCCCAGCCCGCGUACGUGGUCAGGGCCAAGAGAGGUACUUCUUGAUCGUCGUUGACGACUACUCGUGCUACACCACGGUCUUCCCCUUGCGCACUAAGGGUGAAGUCCCUGAUGUUAUGAUCCCUUGGAUCAGUAGAGCACGUCUUCAGCUGCGAGAGCGUUUUCGCUCGGAGUUUCCUGUCCUGCGCUUGCACUCUGACAGAGGUGGUGAGUUCUCCUCUGACCUCUUGGCAGCCUACUGUGCCGAGCACGGCAUUCGCCAGUCGUUCACACUUCCGGCCUCUCCACAGCAGAAUGGGGUUGCUGAGCGCCGCAUUGGCUUGGUCAUGGAGGUCGCUCGUACCUCCUUAGUCCACGCGGCUGCCCCCCCCUUUCUGUGGCCGUUUGCGGUCCGGUACGCUGCGCAUCAGCUCAACCUCUGGCCCCGUGUCUCCUUGCCGGAGACCUCGCCCACACUGCUGUGGACGGGGGAGUUUUACCACCCCGCCUCGCACCGCGUCUUCCCCUCUCAGGACGUCACUUUUGAAGAGUCCGUGCCCUUCUACCGCCUCUUCCCCUACCGCACUGCCCAGCUCCCUCCCCCGCCUCUCUUCCUCGCGCCAGGUGCUGCAGUGGUAGACCGCCUCCCCCCUCAGGGUGCCACUCCCUCAGGUGUCUUCCAGCCUGGGGGUGCUGAGUCUGGGGGUACUGAGCGUGGGGGUGCUGAGUCUGGGGGUGCUGUGCCUGGGGUUGCCGAGUCUGGGGGUGCUGAGCCUGGAGUUGUUGAGUCUGGGGGUACUGCAGCAGACUAUGAGACGCCUGGAGGAGCUCCCUCUUCCCAGCAGCUGCGUGAGUGGUACUCGCGGUACUGCAGCCUUCGGCGGGGUGCGUCUCGGGCUCGCGGUGCUGCUAGAGUUGGUGCUCGUGUUUCCCCGCCGCGGCGGGAGCCGCCCUCUUCCCCACAGCUCCGGGAGUGGUACGCUCGGCACAUCAGUCUUCGUAGUGGGACUGCUAGUGCUGGGGUCCCCGGGGUUGACACUACUACUGGUACUACGGACCCUGGAGCUGGAGGUGCUACUGCUGCUGGCGGUCCUGCUGGAGGUGCUGUUACUACUGGCGGUGCUGCUGGAGGUGAGGCUGGUGCUGAGGACCUGGGCGUUGGAGCUGCUGCGGGUGCUGCUGACGCUGGAGCUGGAGGUGCUGCUGCUGCUGGCGGUAAUGAUGGUGCUGCUGGAGGUGCUGCUGAGGACCCUGGCGCUGUUGACGCUGCUGCGUCGUGA